AUGGGGUUCUUUGACUCGAUUAAAAAGUCUUGGAAGACGUUGCGUACCGCCAUCAAAACGCUACUCGACCUCAAUCACAAGUACGAAGCUCUUGUCGCACGGAUUAAGCAAGGCGCAUCUUUGCCGCAUCGUAAUCCUACCCGUUCAUACUGGCUGGAAGACCCGCCGUUCCCUGAACUUGUAGACAUCCGCUCAAAAAGUCUUCCCAAUAAAGCAGAUGUAGUCAUUAUCGGUAGCGGCAUCACUGGCGCUGCUGUAGCCCGUAGCUUGCUCCGAGAAAGCAAGCGCAAGGACCAAGACCUUACAAUCACUGUCCUUGAAGCCAGAGACAUAUGCAGCGGUGCCACUGGACGCAACGGCGGUCAUAUCAAAGCCUCACCUCAUGAGACUUUUGCGAAACUAGAGGCAAAGUACGGAGUGGAACGAGCUGUCGCACUCACCAGGUUCCAACUAGACCAUCUUGAAUGCUUGACAAACCUUUGCCAGAGCGAAGAGUUCACACAAGCAGAGUGUCGUAAGGUCGAGACUGUUGAUCUCUUCUUCGACCAAAAGACCUUUGACGACGUCUGCCAUACUGCGAGCAAGCUGAAAACACUUCUCCCUGAACACCAGGGCAGAAAAUUUGCAGUCAGCGACCAAGUCGUUGGUGCAUAUUCGUACCAGGCAGGAGCUUUGUGGCCGUAUAGGCUCGUUACUUCAGUCUGGAGUGAGCUCUUGGAUGAGUAUCCUGACCAAAUCACUAUCGAAACUCAUACGACUGUGCUCUGGGUCGACGAAAGUGGCGAUCAAGACGCUUAUAACGUCCACACAGAUAGAGGCAUCAUAAGUUGCGAGCACCUUGUUCAUGCCACCAAUGCUUGGAUGGGUCACUUACUGCCAAAACUCAACAAGAAGGCAACAGGCGUUAGAGCGCACAUGUCUGCGCAAAACCCUGGUCAAAACAGCUACCAAGGAUGUCACGGAGAUCGCUCUUGGGGGUUGAUCUAUGGUCCUGAUGACUUUGAUUACAUGACUCAACGACCGUCUUCUGAUGGCUCUGGCGACAUCAUGCUUGGUGGAGGAGUCUUCCGCUCAAAGGAUAACGGCAUUGACCAGAUUGGUAUCUGGGAUGACAGUUGCACUGAUGCAAUCACAUCUGCACAUCUAGCUGGUAUCUUACCUAUUGUGUUUUCUCAAGAGAAGCAAGAUCGACAAACAGAUAACCAGCCCAGAUAUCUACAGCAACACUGGUCUGGCAUCAUAUCACUGACAGGAGAUUCGCUCCCGUUCGUGGGCAAGCUGGACCCGCGCAUCAGUGCAAGAGGUUCCGGUAAAGGCUCAGAAAAUUCAUCAGAAUGGAUUGCUGCAGGCUACAAUGGUGAAGGCAUGGUCUUUGCCUGGCUAUGCGGGACCGCCCUUGGUAUCAUGAUCAUGGGCUCGGAACAAGAUGAUAUCCCCGCAUCGCCCGGCUUCCCUGGUGGGAAAUUGGAUGAGUGGUUCCCUAAGGAGUUGCUUCUCGACAACAAACGAUUUGAUCGUCUUGACGUUCUUGAUCUUGCUGAUCAACUGUAG